UGGAUUGCCACUCUCUCUGAGGCACCCCCCCCUCUGCCUGGCGUUGCUGGGCAGGAGUGGACGCUCCCAGGGGCCAGCCAUGGGGAGCAUUGAGAUGGAGCCGCUGCUCCUGGCCUGGAGCUACUUCAGGCGCAGGAAAUUCCAGCAGUGCGCUGAUCUCUGCACGCAGGUGCUGGAGAAAGCUCCUUAUGACCAGGCAGCUUGGAUUUUAAAAACAAGAGCACUAACUGAAAUGGUGUAUGUAGAUGAAAUUGAUGUAGAUCAAGAAGGAAUUGCAGAAAUGGUCCUGGAUGAAAAUGCAAUUGCCCAAGUUGCUCGGCCUGGGACAUCUCUGAAGCUCCCUGGAACCAAUCAUGGAGGGCCUAGUCCAGCUGUCAGGCCGGUAACACAAGCUGGAAGACCCAUUACAGGUUUUGUCCGGCCCGGCACACAGAGUGGAAGGCCCGGCACUAUGGAACAAGCUAUUAGAACACCCAGGACUGCAUAUACUGCUCACCCUAUUAGUAGCUCUUCUGGAAGAUAUGUCAGGCUGGGAACGGCAUCAAUGCUUACAAAUCCUGAUGGGCCUUUUAUAAAUUUAUCUAGACUGAAUUUAACCAAGUAUGCUCAAAAACCAAAAUUUGCAAAGGCUUUGUUUGAAUACAUCUUUCAUCAUGAAAACGAUGUUAAGAAUGCUUUGGAUUUGGCCGCCCUUUCCACAGAACACUCUCAGUACAAGGACUGGUGGUGGAAAGUACAGAUUGGAAAAUGUUAUUACAGGCUGGGAAUGUACCGAGAAGCAGAAAAACAGUUUAAGUCAGCCCUGAAGCAGCAAGAGAUGGUGGAUACGUUCCUCUACUUGGCAAAGGUUUAUACCUCCUUGGAUCAGCCUGUCACAGCUUUAAAUCUUUUUAAACAAGGCUUAGAUAAAUUUCCAGGAGAAGUGACCCUUCUUUGUGGAAUUGCUAGGAUAUAUGAGGCAAUGAAUAAUAUCUCAUCAGCUGCUGAAUACUACAAAGAUGUUUUAAAGCAGGAUAAUACACAUGUGGAAGCUAUUGCAUGCAUUGGAAGCAACCAUUUUUAUUCUGACCAACCUGAAAUAGCUCUACGAUUUUACAGGCGACUAUUGCAGAUGGGUGUUUAUAAUUGCCAGCUUUUUAACAAUCUGGGCCUCUGUUGCUUCUAUGCCCAGCAGUAUGAUAUGACUCUGACCUCAUUUGAACGUGCCCUUUCUUUGUCUGAAAAUGAGGAGGAGUCAGCUGAUGUCUGGUAUAACUUGGGACAUGUAGCUGUGGGAAUAGGAGAUCUGAGUUUGGCCUAUCAGUGUUUCAGGUUGGCUCUAGUCAACAAUAACAACCACGCAGAAGCUUACAACAACCUGGCUGUGCUGGAGAUGCGAAAGGGACAUGUCGAACAGGCAAGAGCCCUGUUGCAAACUGCUUCAUCUUUAGCACCCCAUAUGUAUGAGCCUCAUUUUAAUUUUGCAGCACUCUCUGAUAAGAUAGGAGACCUGCAGAGAAGCUAUGUGGCCGCGCAGAAGGCUGAAGCAGCAUUUCCAGAUCAUAUUGACACACAACAUUUAAUUAAACAGUUAAAACAGCACUUUGCCAUGAUUUGAUUGCUCCUCCUACCAAACGUGCUCUUAGGAAGAGGCAGACAUCAUAAUAUUAGUACAGAUAUUUUAUCACAUGAAGCUUAAUAAUAUACCCUGUGCUGAUGGGAAGAGAAUUGGAGGGUUAGGAGAUUUAACUUUAAAGUACAUAAUAAAAAUUUUCUAACGCAGAAUUUUUAUGAAAUGUUGUCUGUAAACACAUGUAGAAGCUGUUGAAGAAAGGCAUGACCUUAGUAGAUAGAUGGUAGGUGCUUCCCUGUAAUGUUUACAAAACACCUGAAAGGAUUUUAAGAGUAUAAUUGGUAUUUAAUGUUCUUGGAAAAGCCAUUAAGCAUAUUAAAGAGUGAAAAGGCAAAAAUUUGCUUUUCUAACUGCAUUUUUAUUAAGAGUUUGUGCAUUUAUUCUAUGUAGAAAUGUUACUUCUUAAAAGAAAAAACUAUUGAAAACUUUUCAUAUUAAAUAUCCUAAGAAUACUGUAUAUUUUCUAGUUUCUUAUGUUUUAAAAUAAAUAUUUAAUCCAUUUGUCACAGAUUUGAUUUGUUCAAUUCUUUUGUUUUAUCAUGUCGGUUUGUUUUCAGUAAGGAUUUUUAAACACAAAGCAUUAAGAAAGCAUUGAUUCUGCUGAUGAAAUAAUUACCUUAUAUUAAUUUUAUCAUUAAGGUGGAAUGGUAUCAACACAUUAACAGUUGUUUAGUAGAGACUAUUAUAUUGUUACAACAGCAUUUAUAAAUUUAAUUAUUUAUCUGUACGAUAAAAUUUAAAGUCAGAAUGAGAUUAUCAAAAUUUAAUUAUAUCCCGGGAAAUAUUUCUCCCUACUUAGAAUUAUUUUUAUUGCUAAACAAUACUUUAGCUGUUACUAAAAUUUUGAUUGAAGAAAAUAUAUUUUAGGGAAAGGAUUAUCCCCAUAUAUUCCAAUUUGGAUUUGAGGAAAUCAUAUUAAAAUAGUUAAAACAUGAUAAAUGUACCUUUCAACUUUCACUGAAACAUGUAUUUGUUAUUUUUUUUUUCACUAUUUUACAACCAAUACUUCUUAAAUAAAAGACCAAAAAUGGAAUUA